CACUGUUGAAGAUGCUAAAGGCCAUUGAAGUGUCUGUCGCUUGACAGCUCACUUGAAUAAUCGAGCUGUUUAGCAGCCCUCAUACCUUUAGAAAACUAAACAAGUUCAUAUCUACAAAAGAUUAAAACUGAUCAGAAAAAAUGGGCUGUGUUCAAAGCUUCAGGAAUAUGUGUGACCGACCAAAAAACACUAAUGUUCGUCUCAGCCUUCCAGCAGUUUGCUUUGUGUGGCAGACAGCCAUGAUCAUCUUAUUUGGGGUUUUUAUUCGUUAUAAUGAAGAAUCGGAUCCACACUGGAUUGAGCACAGAAGGGCUAACAAUAUAUCAAGUGACAUUGAGAACGACUUCUACUUCAGAUAUCCAAGUUUCCAGGAUGUCCAUGUGAUGAUCUUUGUUGGAUUUGGCUUCCUGAUGACAUUUCUUAAGCGGUACAGUUUUGGUGCAGUGGGUUUCAACUUCCUCAUCGCAGCCUUCGGCCUCCAAUGGGCGCUGCUCAUGCAAGGCUGGUUCCACUCUCUGGACUACACUGAUGGAAAGAUCAAAAUUGGAGUUGAAAAUCUGAUCAAUGCUGACUUCUGUGUGGCCGGCUGUUUAAUUGCCUAUGGGGCGGUGCUUGGAAAAGUCAGUCCAGUCCAGCUGAUGGUUCUGACUCUGUUUGGGAUCACACUGUUUGCUGUGGAAGAAUAUAUUAUCCUAAAUCUCAUACAUGCGAGAGAUGCUGGAGGCUCCAUGGUGAUCCACACAUUUGGAGGUUAUUAUGGUCUUUCUAUCUCGUGGAUGCUCUAUCGACCGAACCUGGACCAGAGCAGCCGUCUGCAGGGCUCCGUCUACCACUCAGAUGUCUUUGCUAUGAUUGGCACCCUCUUCCUGUGGAUGUUCUGGCCCAGUUUCAACUCGGCCAUCACAGACCACGGGGACGGGCAGCACAGAGCAGUGAUAAACACAUACCUGGCUUUGGCCGCAACUGUGCUCACUACUGUGGCCAUCUCGAGCCUCUUCCAGAAGCAUGGAAAACUAGACAUGGUUCACAUCCAGAACUCCACUCUUGCUGGAGGCGUUGCAGUGGGAACUGCGGCAGAGUUCAUGCUGAUGCCCUAUGGGUCUCUGAUCGUAGGCUUCUGCUGUGGCAUCAUCUCCACUCUGGGAUAUAUCUACCUCACGCCAUUCAUGGAGAAGUACCUGAAGAUCCAGGACACAUGUGGAAUCCAUAACUUACAUGCCAUGCCCGGAGUCAUAGGUGGUAUUGUGGGCGCCAUCACUGCUGCAGCUGCCUCAGAGUCGGUUUAUGGCUCUGAAGGGCUGACUAACACCUUUGACUUUGAGGGACCUUUCAAAGACAUGGUGCCCACGCGGCAGGGCGGGCACCAGGCUGCAGGCCUCUGUGUGGCUAUCUGCUUUGGUGUAGGCGGAGGCAUCAUUGUUGGUUGUAUCUUAAGAUUACCUAUCUGGGGAGAUGCUGCAGAUGACAAUUGUUUUGAUGAUGAGCCCUACUGGGAGCUACCUGAGGAUGAGGAGAACAUCCCACCAAUCCUUCAGUACAACAACCACUUGAGGAACAAAGAUGUCGCGGAGUCGAAUUUCACCAUGGAACAGAACUGACGCUAAGCCUCCACCCUGAUGUGAUCUGUGUCUUCAUCACACACACACACACACACACACACAUACAGCUCGUGUGUUCCUCUUAUUCUCCUGCUGGACAGAAAUCUUCAUAUGAUUAUUCUCCAUCAACCAAAACCAAAUUACUUUACACUCAGUGAAUUUAUGUCACGGUGUUUAGCCUAAAAUACAGUCUUAAAAUCUUUUUUUUUUUUUGUUGUUUGUUUGGAGUGAAAUAUUCGCCAGCAGAACAAGAUCCUUUCUGUGUCCCAGGAUAUUUUUUUUUAGAUUAAAUCAAUUAAUAUUGAAUCAAAUCUUCAUAUUCAAUAUUCUGUUAGAUGAGUGACAUUAUCUUGGUACCAGUGGAGUGCUGGACUAAAACAUGACUGUGAGAACAUAACAACCGUUCGUUUAAGUGGCAGAGGGUGAAAUAUUCAGGACCAUCUUUUAUAUCACGUUUGCUUCGUGCCCACACGAGUUGCACUGUAAGGGUUUCGCGCUGGAGUUUGUCACAUCUUCAGUUCCUUCUGACUGAAUGUUUGCCCCUCUGUGUGACGCAACAGCCAAAUUUAUGCAAGACCUUUAUGUAAGUUUAUGCUGUCGCCUACAUUUGUUUGUUUAUAUGCACAGUUGAAUUUGCUCCCUCAACGUUGCCAUUGGACACAUUAAAAUCAGAACUUUAUUCUGUGUGUCGUCAUGGAGAGCUUUGUAGGUGACAGAUACCCAUCAUGUUGCAUUUAAUAAAUCAUUUGUGAUUCACUGAAACGUCAUUGUAAGUAAUUUUAAAAAAUUGUCAUUUUUCAAGUGUUUAUUAAUGUACAGUAUUUGUCAAUCAUGAUUUCAUGUCUUAUAUCAUUAAACUGUAUUUUACUGUAUUUUCAUUUAUUAGCUGUCCACCAGCCUCUGUGGGUAUCCACAUUAUAAGUUAUAGUUACUGAAGGAUACAUUAAUAAACACUGAUCUAUGCUUGUAACCGCAUUAUGCUGAUCUACAACCCACUUAUUGAAAAUUUAUGUACUGCUUUUAAAAGGGGCCUUAAAGUAAAGUGUUAGCAGAUAUUUUUAUUCAUGUUACUGAUCUGAAAAUUAAUGAUAUUGUCAGAAGCUGAUGUUUGUACAUUUACACAUUGUACACUGAAUAUUUAUGUCAUGCUGUUUUGUUAAUGGUCAUAUAAUUUUGAAAAUCAAUAAAGAAUUAUUAAUAACGCA